AUGCCGGAGAAGCAAGAGGACGACAAGCAGUGUCCGCGGAAGGCCGUGCGAGAGAAGCGCCAGGCUGCUGCUAUUGGCAGUGCCGCUGGCCCUUCAAACGAGGCUCCGGGUGUCAAGCGGCCACGCGGUCGACCGCCCAAGGCCGUGCCGGUGGAGCCGCUAGCGCUGAAGACCAUCGCGCCCACGGCAGCUCGGAAGUUGCGGAAGGCAGCGGAGGCAACGCAGCCCGGGAGCGAGAACCCUCCCGCCAGCAAGGCAGUCGCAACAAAAGCCCGAAGAGCGAGGCGUACGAAGCGCUCGCGAAGCUCCUCCGCAAGCAGCAAGAACGACACGGCUAGCGAGGCUCCAAAGCGCCGCAGUGCCAGGAGGAAGGUGAGCCUCUGCAGAUCAAGCCACUCAUCCCGCAGUCGUCAUAACGGACGAGCGCGUAAUGCCCGAAGCCGUGAAAGCUCGGCCACACGGUCGGAAAGACGCCACGGAGGAAAGAAGAGGCGCAGCAAGAGCCGCCGCCAUGACCGGUCUAGAAGCUCUUUGUCGGCCACGAGCGUGCGCUCGAAGCGCGGCAAAAAGCGUUGCCACGCCCAUAGUCGCGCGUCCUCGAGUUACGGACGAAGGCGUGGGAAAGCGAGGAAGGCUUCGAGCAGCCUGUCGUCAACAAGACAUGGGAGGCGCACGAGGAUCGGCAAGACCUCCAAGGGAUUCAAGCGACAGUAG